GGAUAUUAUAUCGUUCGUUUUUACCUGUCUAUGUAUUACUAAAUCUUUGUUAAUACAAAUUAAAGUCUAUACUCUGCAGGGUUAGGCAUGGUUUCAGCUUUCACUAUUUACCAUGACAAGCACCGUAGCAAAACCAGUUUCUGUUAAUGUAUUCGGUUCAGCCAACGCUCUAGACUCGAAUCAAACCCGUACCCGAGAAAAAAGAAACUUGAGAGACAACGUAAUAUUUUGGGGCGAGCGUGCGUCCAAAGAAACUGAGGCCCAGCGGAAAUGUUUACAAAUGAAAGUAUUAGAUUGUGGUAGUACUGACAGAUCUUGAUGCUGCGUGAUCAAUAGGUUUGAUAGAAGCGGGUCGUGAUCGCCGAUUACUUUUCAAGAAAAAAAAAAAAACACAUCUUUGGCAAAAAUAACUGAAAAUUGAAAUUGGCGCCUAAUAAAUUGUGAUUUUACCCAAUCAGGUGUGAGCACAUUUUUUUGAAAAUGAAAACGUUAUAAUUUCGUGACCAACGCGAUUAUCAGCACGUGUUUGUACACAAUGCAAGUAAUUACACCCUCUUGAAAAUAUUCAAUUCUGCAAUUCAACGUCUAAAGCAAUAGAGAACCAAGAGAUUGGAUAAGUACCAAGACAAUUUAGCCAGUACAAGUUUUUCUAAGUAUCUUUGGAUCAUGCAACAAAUAAUGCGGUCAAACACGACGUAAAUUUUUAAUCAGGCUUUUUGCCAUCUCUUUUUGAUGGACGUCCAAAUUUCCUGCUGCUAUUUUCGGUUUGAUUGACACAGUUGCCCAUCGGGUUGUGACAUGAUCAUUGAACCGUUAAAAAUCAAUUGGCGAUAAUUUUGAAUUAAGCCGACUCGACAUGCUCAUUUGCAAGUGAGCCACUUGCUCUGAUAACGGUUCCUUUGAUAAUCGAGGAUAAUGAAGCUUAGCUCGCUAUAUGUCUUGUGUUUCGGCUUGAGUUUGGUGGAAACUCGACCGUUUGAAAAUGAAGAGCGAAGUGGAAAUUUACACGGGCAUAUUGUAAGCGUGAACGAGGCACAUGACGAAAUCAGCCGCCGUGGAGGCCUGGGCGAAAUUCCAAUUGAGGAGGAAAUCGUAGCCGUCAAUGAAGAUCCUUAUAAACGUCCCGGAUGUAGCGAUCCACUGUUCGAGGGGGACUUGUGUCUAGAUCCUGAAGACGAGGCUGUCGUAAAUCACGUUAUCCCCGAGACAGACUUAAAGAGAAACAUCAUGCGCGACAGGAAAAAGCUUUGGCCGGAAAAAACUGUGUACUAUUCUGUGGACGACAAUUUGAAGAAUUUACGACCCAAAAUCAACGACGCUAUAAGUAAAAUCAGUGGUAAGACUUGUUUAACGUUCAAAGAAGUUGGUUCGUCUUAUGGAGGAGACCACAUCAAGAUGCACAAAGGCAACGGGUGCUGGUCAAAGGUCGGUCGUAGAGGUGGAGGUCAACCUCUCUCCCUUGGGAGAGGGUGUGACUACGUGGGUGUUGUCAUGCACGAGCUCAUGCACCCUCUGGGAAUUUGGCACGAACAGAGUCGAAUGGAUAGAGAUAGAUAUGUGGAAAUUUUGUGGCACAACAUCAAAGAAGGCUAUGAGAAAAACUUUGACAAGUACGACCAUGGCAAGCUAGACAGUCUUAAUCUGCCGUACGACUUUGAUUCCAUAAUGCAUUAUGACAAGUAUCUGUUUUCAGUUGAUGGAAAGAAACCAACCAUUAUCGCCAGACGACAGAUAUGGAGGAAACUUGGAGGUCAACUUUGAGGAACUUUGACCAACAAUGACAUCAAAGAGAUUAAGGCUUUAUAUGGGUGCCCUUAGUAAGACGGUUAAAGUCCACCGCUGUAAAGCAUUCACCAUCAAGAAGUGAAAAAGGAAGAACUCACAAAAAUUGAAAUAGUUUUCUUUUUCCAGCUGCACUAUAAAAGCAAAUCUGUAUUAAGAAGCUAAUGUCGGAAAAUUGUGAAUAGUAUUGUAGCAGUGAACGUUGUGAAAUAGAAGGCAAUGUGAAAUAAAUUCGUAUUAAAUGUUAAAGAAAUG